AUGCAUUUCCAACUUUCGUCUACUUUUCUUCUAGUGUCGGCCCUGGUCUGGCCUGUUUUCUCGGCGCAGCUUGCUUUCCCGGGUGCAGAGGGGUUCGGACGUUACGCUACUGGCGGACGCAAUGGAGAAGUCUAUGUGGUGGACAACCUCAACGAUGAAGGUCAGGGGUCGCUGAGAGAUGCUAUCUCGCAGCCUGACCGCAUUGUCGUCUUUGCUGUGGGCGGCACCAUCAACAUCACGGAUCGUAUGGUAGUCAGCAAGCGAGUAUCCAUUCUGGGACAAACGGCUCCUGGCGACGGAAUCGCAACCUACGGGAACGGCUGGUCCUUCUCCAAUGCCAACGAUGCCAUUGUGCGUUACAUCCGCAUCCGCAUGGGCAAAGGCGGCACCUCGGGCAAGGAUGCCAUCACCAUUGCCGACGGCGCCAACAUGAUCUUCGACCACAUUUCCGUCAGCUGGGGCAGGGACGAAACCUUUUCCAUCAAUGGAGAUGUUGCCAACAUCACGAUCCAGAACAGCAUCAUCGGCCAGGGACUUCAGACGCACUCGUGCGGCGGCCUGAUGCAGACCGAAGACGGUGGAGUGUCACUCUUCCGCAAUCUUUACAUCGACAACAAGACGCGCAAUCCCAAGGUCAAGGGAACGAACGACUUCACCAACAAUGUCGUGUACAACUGGGGCGGCGGCGGCGGCUACAUUGCAGGCGGCAGCAGCGGCACCUCGAACGUCAACGUCGUGGGCAACUACUUCAUCUCUGGGCCCAGCACGAGCGUGACGGCCUUUACGCGCGGCAACGACAACUUCAACGCCUACGUCAAGGGCAACUGGUACGACUCGGACAAGGACGGCGAGCUCAACGGGUCCGAGCUGGGCGAGGCGUCAUCCAACUACGGCGGCAUGGCCCUCGUGGCCACCAAGUUCGACUACCCGGCGCCCGAGAAGAUUCUGAGCGCCACCGACGCCGUGCAGACGGCCAUUGAUGGCGUCGGCGCCUCGCUGAAGCGCGACAGUGUGGACGCCAUCCUCGUGGACCAGCUCAAGUCGUGGGGCAAGGACGGCGCCCUCAUCUCCGACGAGACGGCCAGCCCCAUGAACGGGCCCGGCUUCCUCGCUCCCGGCUCCACGCCGAAGGAUACCGAUGGCGACGGCAUCCCUGACGAUGCCGAGACGACUCUUGGUACCGACUCGUCCAAGGACGAUUCGAUGACGGUUGUAGAUGGGUAUGCCAACGUGGAGAGGUGGGCCAAUUCUUUGGUGCCCUCCUCGUACUGA